AUGGGAAAGUUAACUCUAUCUCUGAUCCUUUAUUUUAUAGGAGAGCUGAGUCUGUUAGUUUUGUCUAGCGUGAUCCAGAGUCCUCAAGAAAUGGAAAACUGGUUUCAAGCACAGAAAACAGAGGAGCUCAAGGUGACUAAACUUCACUUCUAUUUUCACGAUUUACGCGAGCACACUUCAAUACAAGUAGCGUCAGCCAAUAGCACUGCAACUUCACCAACCUUGUUCGGUUACUCUGCCAUAAUGGACGAUCCUUUGACAGAAGGACCUGAGUUUACUUCGAAACCAGUGGGACGUGUCCAAGGCUUAUACGCCUCGGCUUCGUUUAGUGAGUUCAGUCUACUUUGUGCUAUGACAUUGGUAUUUACAAAUGACAAGUACAAUGGCAGCACAUUAAGUGUUUUAGGGAGCAAUCCGACGAUGCAUCAGCACCGUGAAAUGCCCGUGGUAGGCGGAACCGGAGUGUUCCGCCUGGCACGAGGUAUUGCUAUGUUGACAUACAUUUAUUUUGAUGUUCCCGGUGGGAAUGCUACUGUCGAGUACAAUGUUAUAGUUCAACAUUAUUAG